CAGAAUUCCAUGAACUUGCCUCCUGACAAGAUGAAACUGCUCAGCCAGUACGACAAUGAGAAGAAGUGGGAGCUGGUCUGUGACCAGGAACGGGUCCAGGUUAAGAACCCACCCUCUGCAUACAUCCAGAAACUGAAGAGCUACCUGGAGACAGGCGGAGUCAGCAGAAAGGUGACCCCUGACUGGUCGACUGCCUUGUUUAAGAGGCGCGUGCAGGAGUCCACACAGGUGCUUCGGGAGCUGGAAAUCUCCCUGCGGACCAACUACAUUGGGUGGGUCCAGGAGUUCCUGAAUGAGGAGAACAAGGGGCUGGAUGUGCUACUGGAAUAUCUCGCCUUUGCGCAGUGCUCUGUCACACUCAACCCAACGCAUAGCAGGAAAGCCCUGCGGAACUCGCGCAUUGUCAGCCAGAAGGACGACGUCCAUGUCUGCAUCAUGUGCCUGCGUGCCAUCAUGAACUACCAGUCUGGAUUCAGCCUGGUAAUGAACCAUCCAGCCUGCGUCAACGAGAUCACCUUGAGCUUGAAUAAUAAGAAUCCCAGAACCAAAGCACUUGUCCUGGAGCUGCUGGCUGCUGUAUGCCUGGUCCGAGGGGGGCAUGACAUCAUUCUUGCUGCAUUUGACAAUUUCAAGGAGGUCUGUGGGGAGAAGAAUCGCUUUGAGAAGCUGAUGGAGUAUUUCCGGAAUGAAGACAGUAAUAUUGACUUCAUGGUGGCCUGCAUGCAGUUUAUCAAUAUUGUAGUGCACUCAGUGGAGAACAUGAACUUCCGAGUCUUCCUACAGUAUGAAUUCACUCAUCUGGGCCUAGAUGAGUACCUUGAGAAGCUGCGCCACACAGAGAGCGACAGGCUACAAGUGCAAAUCCAGGCAUACCUGGACAACAUCUUCGAUGUGAGCGCCCUGCUAGAGGAAACUGAAACCAAGAACGCUGUGCUGGAGCACAUGGAGGACCUGCAGGAACAAGUGGCACAGCUCACAGAGAAGCUCCAGGACUCAGAGAAUGAGUCCAUGGCCAAGAUCGCAGAACUGGAGAAGCAGCUGAAUCAGGCACGCCGGGAACUAGAGAUGCUUCAGGACCAGCUCAGCGAGUCUGCCGGCCCAGUGAGCUCCCCCCAGCAGCCGCAGCCGCAGCCGCAGCCACAGCAGCCAACAGAAUCGUAUCGCUCAGCUUUGGAGCAGAAGCUGGAGGAGCUGGAGGAUAAAGGGUUAGUCCGGAUCCUGCGUGGGCCAGAGGGAGACGUUGCCAUCGAGAUUGUCCCUGUUGUCAUAGAAACCCCAAGCGUCCCCGUGGUUACUGUAGAAGCCUCCGUCUCUACCAGCACAGAUUUCCUGUCUCCUUCCACCCCUCUCCCACCACCGUCUCCUGCUGCAGCUCCAGCUCUUCCUCCACCACCCCCACCACUACCCCACACCAAAGAUGCUGGCCCUGCCACCCCAUCCAGCGAGCAACAGUCCCUACCUUCUCCACCACCGCCAGCCCCACCCCUCCCUGGGGUUGACACCCCUCCACCUGCCCCACCACUGCCUGGGGUGGAAAUCCCACCCCCACCUCCCCUCUCAAUGACUGAUGGCCCUGCUCCUCCUCCUCCUCCACCCCCACCCCCACCCAUGGGACAGCCACUGGGAGGAAGCCUAAUCACAGCAGCCAGCUCAGUCAAAGUCAAAAAGCCAAUACAAACCAAGUUCCGGAUGCCCAUUUUCAACUGGGUAGCUCUGAAACCCAACCAGAUUAACGGGACCGUCUUCAAUGACCUCAAUGAUGAGAAGAUCUUGGAGGAGCUGGACAUGAGUGACUUUGAGGAGCAGUUCAAGACCAAGGCACAAGGCCCCAGCCUGGACAUUGGCACCCUGAAGGCAAAAGUCACUCAGAAGGCCCCCAGCAAGGUGACGCUGAUAGAGUCCAACCGGGCCAAGAACCUGGCCAUCACACUCCGCAAAGGUGGCCUCAGCAUUGACAGCAUCUGCAAAGCCAUCCAGACGUAUGACCUGCAGACACUGAGCCUAGACUUCCUGGAACUGCUGGAGCGCUUCCUGCCCACGGAGUAUGAACUGCUGCAGAUACGCAAGUAUGAGAAGGAGCAGCGGCCACUGGAUGAGCUAUCGGAUGAGGACCAGUUCAUGAUCAAGUUCAGCAAACUCCCACGCCUGGCUGAGCGCAUGAACAUCAUGACCUUCCUGGGCAACUUCAACGACACAGCACAGCGCCUGAUGCCGCAACUCCACUCCAUCAUUGCUGGGUCCAUGUCCGUCAAGUCCUCCACGAAGCUGCGUAACAUCCUUGAGAUUGUCCUGGCCUUCGGGAACUACCUGAACAGCAGCAAACGUGGCGCUGCCUAUGGGUUCCGGCUGCAAAGCCUUGAUGCGCUGCUGGAGAUGAAGUCCACGGACCGGAGGCAGACACUGCUGCACUAUAUGGUGCGGGUGAUCAGCGACAAGUACCCAGAGCUGACAGGCUUCUACACUGAGCUGCAUUUUCUGGACAAGGCAGGCACAGUGUCCCUGGACAGCAUGUUGCAGGAUGUGCGGAGCCUGCAGCAGGGCAUGGAACUAACCCGCAAGGAGUUUAUGCGGCAGGAUGACAGCCAGGUGCUCAAGGACUUCCUCAAGGCCAACACCGAGGUGAUGGAGAAACUGCAGACUGAUGGGAAGACAGCCAAGGAGGCCUAUGAGUCAGUUGUGGAGUACUUUGGUGAAAAUCCCAAGACUACCCCCCCCACCAUGUUCUUCCCGAUGUUUAUGCGCUUCAUCAAAGCCUACAAGCAAGCAGAACAGGACAUUGAAAUGUGGAAGAAACAGGAGGCAGCUGCCAAAGAAGCAGAGUCCAACCCCCCGAGCACUGAGAAUCAGUCAGGACAAAAGUCUCCUGUCCAGAAAGCCAAGCGGCAGCAGAUGGACAUGAUUGCUGAGCUGAAGAAGAGGCAGAUGGUGAAAGAGCCCCUCAUUUAUGAGGGGAAAGAUGGUGCCAUUGAGGAUAUUAUUACAGGUCUGCGGAACAACCCGUACCGGCGCGCCGACAUCAGCAGGUGCAGUGGCAAGAAACGAUCCUCGGGGCAGACCCUCCAGGUGACUUCUGACAUCUCGCUGUGACCACUCCUGGCCUCUCCAUGGGCAGGCAUGGCAUGGCAUGGGCCCAUCAUCACUACUGCCUCUGCCCAGGAGAUGGCAGGACCCCAGGGACCAGGCUUCUCUGCAGACCUGUCAGACCGAACCAAGGACUCUUGCAGUAGGGGGGAAAUCACCACUUGCAGCUUCUUAAGCUACUUAACUGUGCAGAGUGCCAGCUGGGGCUGUCCUGCCCUGCACCCCAACCCACCCCCCCUUCGCAGGUCUGGCCCAGUUGGCUCUCCAGGUAUUAUACAGCAGCUAUGUCCAAGCUGUCUGUUCCACCGUGCUAUUGGACUACUCCCCUUCUCCAGGCUUAGGGGACAGGAAUAGAGCGCACAUGGCAGUUGCUCAGAGGUCCACGGGACAAGCAGAGAGGGCUGAGGCUCCUGAGAGCAAUAUCUACCCCUUCCAUGGUCGCUGUCCCUCUUCCCCUCACCUCACACGUGCUGGACCAUGGCCACAGGUAGAGGAGCAUUGGCGGGGGGGGGCCUACUCUUCUCUGGUGUGCUCCUGCCUCCCUGUGUGCUGGUGCCUUUGUGCAGUCAGUGUUGGGGCAAAGUCCAGGACCAGCCUGCUGCACUGCUCCUUGAACUGUGAUCUCUUCUCCCCCUGGGCUUGCCCUGCCACUUUAGGCUAGACCCUGCACCCUUCCCCCUGCAACCUUAUUCCUUCCCCCUGCCAUACGGCAAGCAGAUAAGCCUGGGCUGCCCUUGCUUAGAAGCCAUCUGGGAAGGGGAAGGUGGCAAAAGGGGAGGGACCCACCAGAUAAUACUAGGCUGAGGUGAAGGGUUGGAGCCUAUUGCAAGGCUUUUACCACCAAAUGCUGCACCAGCUCCCUUAGCUGGUAUAUGCAGGCAGCUGGAUACGUCUUCCUUUAAAUUUUCUUUAUGCUGCGAUAAGGAGGCAAGCACUGGAGUGACAAGGGAGGCUCCUGCUGUUUGUGCAGCAUCUCAGGAUGCAGAUGCAGCUGCAUUCUGCACUUGGGCAUUGAGUCCAAGGUGAGCAGCACUUGUCUGAUCCCCAACAGGCUCAGAUGCUAUGACAAUCAAUGGAGUUAAGGAUUUGCAAUCCCCUGUGUCCCCACAAGGUGUCACACUUACCUUAAGCCAUCUGCAUCCCCAUGGCUGGGAUGGCACCUCAGCUCAAAAGCAGCUCAGUGGCGUGGCCUGUUUACGGGGCAUCCAGGGACAGACCAGUACCAAGGAAGCCAGGUGCAGAAGGCUUGCAUCAGACUGUGCAGUAAAGCUAUAAGCACCCAAGGAUGCCUGGGUGGCCUCACUCAGGUAGCUGCGGUAGUACAUCUGUGCAGUACUCACUGCAGCUCAGGCAUGUGCAUAUAGACCCUGCAGCACACACAAUAGUAUCAAAGCCUUAGAAAGGCACAUCUGGUGCUGGUGCAUACAGCUGGAUUAUGUCCCCAGCUAGCAGGGCCAAUGCACUGCAGCCACCCUGCUACAUCUGAAUCCUAAUCACUUACUAUUGCAAUUAAACAGCUGAUGCUUGCUAGGAGUAGGAGCCAUUUCCAUGAUGCAUUUACCACUUCAAUACACACACCCCCCGCCCUGCCCAGCCUGAUCCAGGGCUUGUGGCUGCCAUGUAUUCUUGUGCUAGACCAGGCUUUUAGAGUGGAGCAAGCCUUAUUUGUAAGCCAGAGCUAUGCUUGCUUCCUGCUGUAAUUAAGAAGCAAGACUGCCACCUGCUUGGCAUCACUCUCACAAGCUCAUCACAAAAAGGGGAUGGGAGGGUGGGGGGAAUGAAUGUGUAACUUAUAAAGAUGCCUUUAAGAAAGUGUUGUAAGAAACAUUAACUGCUAAUUUGUAUACAUUAUUUUUAUAUUCUGUCUGUGAGGCUGUUAAAUCCAAAGCAGAGCCAGUAAUAAACCCACUCAAAGGAUAUA